UUACUUAUACAAAGGAUGUCAACAUUAGCAGAUGAAUUCUUGAAUGACGCAAAUGAUAGUGAUCAAGACACUACACCAUCUGUAGACUCAUCGUCAAAGACAAAUGGUCUUUAUGAUAAUCUAUCAAAUAAUGCCAACAACAAGGAUGCAAUGGAUGUUGAGGAAAAGGGAGAUCAGGAUGAUCUGAUGCUCGUCGAUGAACAAUUGGAAAAGAAACAGUUGGACCUAUUGUCCAGUCUAAAGGAUGCUCCUCUCGAAUCAAUCGCCAAGCUGAAAGGUUCCGACAAAUUGAACAAGAUACUUGAUAGAGUAGAUGAACAACUUAAUCAAAGUUUACCGACAAAGGGAGAAAAGACUGCACAAGGAACAAAAGAACAUCAAUUGAUUGUGGAUAGUAAUGCUAUUGUUCAGGAUAUUCAACAGGAGAUAUACUUGAUUCACAAGUAUGUACGUGAGAGAUACUCGGCAAAGUUCCCCGAGCUCGAGUCCUCUGUUCAGAAUCCACUCGACUACAUCAAUGUUGUCAAGCGCAUUGGAAAUCAGACCGACUUGAGCGGUGUCGAGCUGAGCGAUCUGCUUCCCAAAUCAAUCAUAAUGGUGUUGCUCGUCACCUAUUCAUCAACAAAUGGCAAGAACAUAUCUGAUGCACUCAUGGACAAGGUGGUCAAGGCUUGCGACAUGGCAUUGGAGCUGGACGCCAACAAGAAAAAGAUACUCAACUACCUCGAGAGUAGGAUGUCGUUCAUCGCGCCAAACCUCUCUGUGCUGUUGGGCAGUAGCAUUGCGGCCAGGAUGGUUGGUAUUGCGGGCGGAAUCCGGAAUCUUGCCGUGGUCCCUGCCGGCAAUCUCCAAACGUUUGGCGCAGCACACAAAUCACUGGCAGGCUUCAGUGGCAUGUCCAACAGACGUUUCCAAUCCGGUCUGAUAUCACAAUGCGAUCUGGUCAAGAAGGCACCAGAGUACCUGCGCAAGAAUGCCAUCCGUGUGCUCACGGGCCGCGUGUCGAUCGCCGCCCGUGUCGACAGUCAGCAAGAAACAUCGCUUUUUGGCGAGACCGGCAGACAGUUCCGCGACGAAUUAUUGGCCAAGAUUGAGAAGUGGCAAGAACCACCUCCUGUCAAGUCGAUCAAGGCUCUGCCGGCGCCAGACGACAAGCAGAGAGUGAAGCGUGGUGGCAGGAAGGCGAGGAUGAUGAAGCAAAAGUACCAGAUGACCGACAUGCGCCAGGACCAGAACAAGAUGGCGUUUGGUGUUGAGGAGAAGACUACAAUAGAUGGUGAGGGACUGGGACUGAUUGGUGGCGAGACGGGCAGAGUGCGACUGCUGGCGCAGGACAGAGGCAUACUCAAGAAGAAGAAGAUCGAGCAGAAGGACUAUGGCAGUGGACAGAUGACCGGUGGCGCCGCAACAAGUGGUCUACAGACCGUGAUCAUCACGCCAGUACAAGGACUUCAACUGCAAAUGGGUGGACAGACCGACCGUCUACAAACAAACAAGCAGGAUCGUUACUUUGGAGCAUCCGGCAUGAAGCCAAAGAGCAAC